AUGGCAGUUGCAGCAGCGGGUCCCGUGCUCACAUUCAAUCCCAAGGAGAACGAGCGAGAAGUUUUCUUCAAAAGGUUAGAGCAGUAUUUUAUAGUACACGGGGUCACUGAAGAAGCUGACAAGAGAGCUCAUUUGCUGUAUAGUUUGUCUGAGGAGGCGUAUAUUUUAUUAGAAAAUUUAUGUAUGCCGCAAAAGCCGGAAGAAACCCCAUACCAAGACAUAGUUCAGUUAUUGUCUAACUACUAUGGUAAAACUGCUGUUGUAUGGGUCGAAAGGCAGAAGUUUUAUAGUGCAUCCAAAUCAGGAAAUGAGACGGCACUAGAAUGGAGUGUACGACUUAAAGGUUUAGCUCGCUAUUGCAAUUUUGGUCAGCAGCUUGAGUCCAAGCUAACGGACAUUUUUGUUACGCAGUUCAAUCCUGGGAAGGUGAGAACUGAAUUAUUCACCCUAAACGAGAACACCACCUUAAAUAACGCUGUUGAAAAGGCCAAAAUUAUCGAAGCAACGCUAGUAAUAAGAGACCCAGUUGGUGAAGUUAAAGCGAGGUCUUAG